AUGGAUACGAAAUUUGCUUGGUCAACAACCGAAAAAGGUGAAAAAGCCAUUCUAUACAAUAAUUAUUUAUAUCAUUUAAAACGAGAAAAUAAGAACACUUCAUCACACUAUGUCUGCACUUUUAAUUCGUGUUCUCGAUCUAUUACAUUGAAAAAUAAUGUAAUUAUAAAAUCAAAUGCUGAAAAUCAUAAUCAUGAACCGAAAUUGCCAGAAAAUGUUCAAGCAGUAUAUUGUGGAUUGAAACGUCGAGUAUUAGACGAUGUAGAUCAGCCUAUUUCAAAAAUUUAUGAAGAAGAAGUAAAAAAAUUCCGUCGUGAAAACGGAACAGCUGGCCCUGUUCCAGUCUUUCAGGCGUGGAAAUCGACAUUGUACUCUAUUCGUAAAACAAUAUUACCCCCGACACCACUAUCAUUAUCAUCGAUUAUAAUUCCUGAAGAUAUGUAUUUUAAUAAUACGAAACAGGAAUUUUUAUUUUGCAAUUCAUCAACACCAAAUAAAGUUAUAGCUUUUGCAUCAGAUCAAGGAUUAAAACUACUAAGUAAAAGUCCACAUUGGAAUGGUGAUGGCACUUUUCGAACAUCACCUGCACUAUUUACUCAAUCGUACUAUAUACAUGUAUGGGAUGAGUUCAGUAUGAAACCAAUAAUUUACUCAUGUUGUGAGAAUAAAUCUGAAAAAUGUUAUCGCGAGUUACUUCAAUCAUUACUUACUCACGCAGAAAAAAAGAAUAUUUCAUUAAAUCCAUCAUCGAUUUUAAUAGAUUUUGAACAGAGUAUGAUCAAUGCUAUUAAUGAUGUAUUUCCACAAGCAUUAGUUAAAGGGUGCCACUUCCAUUAUGCUCAAAAUAUAUGGAAAAAAGUUAAAAAAUAUAAUUUAGUAAAAUUAUCAAAAGAAGAAAAUAUUCGUCGUCAAAUAGCUAAUAUUAUUGCGUUACCUUUAAUACCUCCAAAGGAAGUUGAUAAUUGUAUGGAAAAGAUUAUUGAUGAAUUAUCUAAUUAUGAUUCAACAUUGAAUAAAUUAACUGAUUAUGUUAUCAAAAAUUAUAUUGAAGAUGCUCGAUUUUCUUUAAGUAUGUGGAAUCAUUUCGAUAACAUUGGAGAAAGACCACGCACAAACAAUCACCUAGAAGGUUAUCAUCGACAAUUAAAUGCAAGAGUCAGAACUAAUCCUGACCUGUGGACGUGGAUUAAUGAAGUGAAGUCAUCAGAAGAAUCUAUCAUGUGUCGUUAUGAGCAAGAACAAGCACAACAGCGAACAACAAGGCCAAGGAAAGGAAAAUAUAUACAAUAUGAUAUGAAACUUAUGUUAGCAAAAAAAAAUAUAUUCAAGAUGAAGAUUUUGAUUCAUAUCAAAAAGUUUUGCGUGCUAUUUCUCAUCGCUAUAUCUACAUUAUAA